GGAGGAGACCGAGGGCAUAAAGCGGGGCGGGAAGCAGCGGCGCCGCCAAGAGAGGAGAAGCGGCCAUGGGCGUCUGGGUUGCUGCGGUGCUGGUGUCGGGCGCGCUGCUGUGUGCCGUCGGGGGCGCCUUCGGGGCAGCUGGCUUCAUAAAGUCGCCGCUGUCUCAAAAGAAGCUGACGGAGGACAGUGUGGAGCUGCACUGCGAGGCUGUCGGUAGCCCCAUCCCCGAGAUCCAGUGGUGGUUCGAGGGGGCCGAGCCCAACGAGACAGCCGUCCAGCUGUGGGACGGGGCCUGGCAGGACCGGGUCAAAAUCAACGCCACCUACAAGCAGCACUCCACCAGCGCCAUCUACGUCACCAACCUCACGCUCAACGACUCGGGCACCUACGAGUGCCGGGCCAGCAACGACCCCGACCGCAACCACUUGUCGAAGAGCCCCAAAGUCAAGUGGAUCCGUUCCCAGGCGAACGUGAUUGUCAUUGAGCGGGCCAAAAUCUCAGCCACUCCCGAGGUGACUGCCGGCUCGAACGUGAUCAUUUCCUGCAACAUCACUGAACCGCCAACCGCCGUCAAAGGCCACUACUGGGAGAAGGGGGGAACGAGGCUUGAUACGAAUGAGACUUCACCAGAAUUUACCUCAUACCUAAUCCCAAAAGUGGACCACGACACCUCAGGGGAGUACCACUGCAUCUUCGAAACCGUUCCCCUUUCCAAAGCAACUGUGUACGUGAAAGUGAAGCCACACGUGUAUGCCUACAAGAAGACAGAGCAUGGGAACGAAGGGGACACAGGCAUGCUGGUCUGCAAGAGCUCCUCGUACCCUCCUGUUACCCAGUGGAGUUGGUUCAGGGUGGUCGGAGAUGUGUCCCAGCCUGUCGUCAACGGCUCCGAGGACAGGUUCUUCAUCAAGUCCGAUGGUAACAAGACAGAGCUGCGGAUCCUCUCGUUGCACCUCGAGAAGGACCCGGGCGACUACAUGUGCAACGGCACCAACGAGAAGGGCGAGGGGAACGCCGUGAUUAGCUUGCGGGUGCGCAGCCGCCUGGCAGCUCUGUGGCCGUUCCUGGGGAUCGUGGCUGAAGUGCUGGUCCUCGUCACUAUCAUCUUCAUCUACGAGAAGAGGAGACAGCCCAACCAGGUCCCUGACGAUGACGAUGGAGGGUCUGCACCACUGAAGAGCAAUGCCACGAAUUAUAAGGACAAGAAUGUGCGCCAGAGGAACGCAAAUUAAGCAGACGGCAAGGUGACAUGUCAGCUGAGCUGAGCGCGUAGGGUGUUCCUUCCAAUCGUCCCAUGCCAUAGCACCAAGAAUAUCAUAGCGCCCCCUCGCAAAGAUCAAUUCACUACACUAAGAGAAACAAAAUCGUAGAGUAAAAUCUUCCUCUUCUUUUCUUUUCUUUUUU